AGCGCGCGCAAGAAACCGCCAUGCCCAAAACUUCCUCCAUGACCAUGCCCCGCCGUAUAUAAGCCGGGUCGCGUCCCCUCUCUCCCUUCACCAAGCCGAGCAAGCAAGCAAGCAAAGCCAAUUGAUUGAUUGAAGCAAAGUCACAGAACGAGCGUGCGUGCGUGCAAGAAAGCAUCGGCCACCGGAGCUGCUGCAGGAAGCCAGGAAUCACCCCCGUCUCCAGUCGAGCAUGGACAAGGUGCUGGCCUUCUCCAUCCUGAGCGCGUCGCCGGCCGACGUCGCCCCCGGCGCCGGCGCCGGCGCUCGGUUCUCCUGGCAGCGGCAGGGGAGGAAGCUGCGGGACGACGGCCAGGCUAGAGCAGGGCGAGAGGGGAAGCGGGGCGGUCUGCCGGCGGAGGCGGAGCAGCAGCCGGAGGAGGGGAAGUCGCGGUCGCCGCCGACGUUGCCGCCGCGGUUCGCGCCGGAGUUCGACGGGAUCGACUGCUUCGGGACCAUCGUGUGCCACUGAGCAGUGAAUCAGAAUCACGGGCUGCUCGUGGUCUGGCCGCGCGCCUGGGUGGGACUAAUUAUUUCUUCGUUCGAUCACCGUGCGAUCGGCGUGUUCAUUUGCUGUCAACUUGAGCUUCCAACUGAUGCCGCGUGUUGUACAGAAUACAGAGGUAUAAAGAAACCAAUUUCACCGUGAUUAUUUG